GCGAAACAAAAACUCGUCGUUUCAUCCGUUAAGAGAGAUUCCGUAAUGGGAAAAGCUUCACGGUGGUUCUGGAAUCUACUGGGGUUUAAAAAACCCGACCCGGGUUAUCCGGAUCCAUCAUUCGAGACGCCUUCUCGUUCUUACCCAAAACGCCGAUGGAGGUUCGUCAAAUCCAAACGCGAAAACGGGACCGCACCUCAGAGUCACUAUCCUCAUACUCCUCCGUUGCUACCGAACUCAACCCCUCCACCGGCGUCGUCGUACCACAGAUCAUCACCGUCGUCGUACCACCAAUCGUCUCCGUCAUCUAACGGUCGGCGGUGGAAACAGAAGCUGGUAUGGGAGGAUGAGAGAGACGAGGAUUCCGACAAGCAUGCGAUUGCUAUGGCCACCGCGACUGCUUUGGUUUCCGAAGCAGCCGUCACCGCCGCUAAUGCGGCUGCUGCGGUCGUUAGACUCAGAAGCAAAAGCGGGAGGUUGACGCAUAGUCCCAUCGCAACUCAUUUUAGCGAUGGAUACAGUGACGUUGUAGCUUAUCAUAGCAGCUUCGACGGACACCGACGGGACAGUCGUGAUGAUCUUGCGGUGAUUAAAAUACAAUCUAUAUUUCGCGGUUAUUUGGCAAGGAGAGCGUUAAGGGCACUCAAGGGAUUGGUCAAGCUUCAAGCUAUAGUUAGAGGCCAUAUCGAACGAAAGCGAAUGUCGAUCCAUCUGCGCAGGAUGCACGCUUUGGUUCGAGCUCAGGCUCGUGUUCGUGCCACUCGUGUUAUCGUCACACCUGAAUCAUCCUCUUCUCAGUCCAACAACACCAAAUCUUCUCACUUCCAAAACACCGAUCCACCAACGCCGGAAAAACAAGAGCAUUCGAUCUCUUCAUGCAGCUCCAAGCUCGGUCACUCUCAUAUUUUCAAGAGGAACGGUUCUAUGGCAAACAACAACAACAGACCGCUCUCAGCCAUGAACGAAGAAGAAAAAAUCCUUGAAAUGGACAGGAGACACAACAAAUCUUACACCAGACGCAACAGACCAGACAUGUUCUACUCAUCCCACCUCAUCCUAGACAACUCAGGCCGGUCUGGACCAGUUUACACCUUCCAGUUAAGCCCGUUCUCCUCACAUGAAGAGACUGUAAACCAGUUUUGCACUGCAGAGAACAGUCCUCAGGUACACUCAGCCACUUCUAUAAGCAAGGGAAGUGCUUUCACGGCUAGUUCUGUUGCACCUAGUGAUUGCACCAAAAGUUGCUGCUAUGCGGACCAUCCAAGAUUCAUGGCUUGUACAGAGUCAUCUAGGGCUAAGGCCCGGUCCGCUAGUGCCCCAAAGUCACGUCCUCAGUUGUAUUACGAGCAGUCUUCGUCGAAACGGUUUGGAUUUGUCGAUGUGCACACUAGUUUUAUGAACAAGGCUUAUCCCGGUUCGGGUCGGUUGGAUCGGCUUGGGAUGCCAACUGGGUAUAGGUACUGAGAAAUGCUGUUGGACCGGGUUGUUCUAUUUGGUUGGGGUUGUGAUAACCUGAUAGUAGUCAAAUGUUGAAAAGGAGAACUGGUUAGAUCAGUUGACUAAGCUUUGUGUUAAUUUCCCUGGUUGUAGUUUGUA